AUGUACGGACUGGGAGGAAUUGCCCAGGGGUAUGGACUGGGUGGAAUUGUCCAGGGGUACGGACUGGGUGGAAUUGCCCAGGUGUACGGACUGGGUGGAAUUGUCCAGGUGUACGGACUGAGUGGAAUUGCCCAGGUGUACGGACUGGGUGGAAUUGCCCAGGUGUACGGACUGAGUGGAAUUGCCCAGGUGUACGGACUGGGUGGAAUUGCCCAGAUGUACGGACUGGGUGGAAUUGUCCAGGGGUACAGACUGGCUGGAAUUGCCCAGGGGUACGGACUGAGUGGAAUUGUCCAGGGGUACGGACUGAGUGGAAUUGCCCAGGGGUACGGACUGAAUAGAAUUGCCCAGGGGUACAGACUGGGUGGAAUUGCCCAGGUGUACGGACUGGGUGAAAUUGUCCAGGGGUACGGACUGGGUGAAAUUGCCCAGGUGUACGGACUGGGUGGAAUUGCCCAGGUGUACGGACUGGGUGGAAUUGUCCAGGGGUACGGACUGAAUAGAAUUGCCCAGGGGUACAGACUGGGUGGAAUUGCCCAGGUGUACGGACUGGGUGAAAUUGUCCAGGGGUACGGACUGGGUGAAAUUGCCCAGGUGUACGGACUGGGUGGAAUUGCCCAGGUGUACGGACUGGGUGGAAUUGUCCAGGGGUACGGACUGGGUGGAAUUGUCCAGGGGUACGGACUGAGUGGAAUUGCCCAGGUGUACGGACUGGGUGGAAUUGCCCAGGGGUACGGACUGGGUGGAAUUGCCCAGGUGUACGGACUAGGUGGAAUUGUCCAGUUGUACGCGCUGAGCUGUUGUACACAGGUGUACGGACUGGGUGGAAUUGUCCAGGGGUACAGACUGGGUGGAAUUGCCCAGGGGUACGGACUGGGUGGAAUUGCCCAGGUGUACGGACUAGGUGGAAUUGUCCAGUUGUACGCGCUGAGCUGUUGUACACAGGUGUACGGACUGGGUGGAAUUGUCCAGGGGUACAGACUGGGUGGAAUUGCCCAGGGGUACGGACUGAAUAGAAUUGCCCAGGGGUACGGACUGAGUGGAAUUGUCCAGGGGUACGGACUGAGUGGAAUUGUCCAGGGGUACGGACUGGGUGGAAUUGCCCAGGUGUACGGACUGGGUGGAAUUGCCCAGGUGUACGGACUGAGUGGAAUUGCCCAGGUGUACGGACUGGGUGGAAUUGCCCAGGGGUACGGACUGAAUAGAAUUGCCCAGGGGUACAGACUGGGUGGAAUUGCCCAGGUGUACGGACUGGGUGAAAUUGUCCAGGGGUACGGACUGGGUGAAAUUGCCCAGGUGUACGGACUGGGUGGAAUUGCCCAGGUGUACGGACUGGGUGGAAUUGUCCAGGGGUACGGACUGGGUGAAAUUGCCCAGGUGUACGGACUGAGUGGAAUUGCCCAGGUGUACGGACUGGGUGGAAUUGCCCAGGGGUACGGACUGGGUGGAAUUGCCCAGGGGUACGGACUGGGUGGAAUUGUCCAGGUGUACGGACUGGGUGGAAUUGCCCAGGAGUACGGACUGGGUGGAAUUGCCCAGGGGUACGGACUGGGUGGAAUUGCCCAGGGGUACGGACUGGGUGGAAUUGCCCAGGGGUAUGGACUGGGUGGAAUUGUCCAGGGGUACGGACUGGGUGAAAUUGCCCAGGUGUACGGACUGGGUGGAAUUGCCCAGGUGUACGGACUGGGUGGAAUUGUCCAGGGGUACGGACUGGGUGAAAUUGCCCAGGUGUACGGACUGAGUGGAAUUGCCCAGGUGUACGGACUGGGUGGAAUUGCCCAGGGGUACGGACUGGGUGGAAUUGCCCAGGGGUACGGACUGGGUGGAAUUGUCCAGGUGUACGGACUGGGUGGAAUUGCCCAGGAGUACGGACUGGGUGGAAUUGCCCAGGGGUACGGACUGGGUGGAAUUGCCCAGGGGUACGGACUGGGUGGAAUUGUCCAGGGGUAUGGACUGGGUGGAAUUGUCCAGGGGUACGGACUGGGUGGAAUUGCCCAGGGGUACGGACUGGGUGGAACUGUCCAGGUGUACGGACUGGGUGGAAUUGCCCAGGAGUACGGACUCGGUGGAAUUGCCCAGGGGUAUGGACUGGGUGGAAUUGCCCAGGGGUACGCACUGAGUGGUUGUGCACAGGUCACUGUCACUCUGAUGCUGUGGGAGAUUGCUCUGCACAAACUGACAACUACCUCAUCAUUGAUUUGA